UCAAACCAUUUUAUUUUUUCUCUUUGAAUUUGUAAACAAAUCACGUUGAGGUUAAAAUUGAUUACCUUUAUUUUAUUUAAGUAGGGAAUGUAUGAGAUUAACGUAUAAACGAUAAACAUCUAGUGUGUAUGACUGUUGGUAGAACAAUCGCAACAAAAUGAAUGAGGAUAUCAGUGUAACUUUCAUUAUACCGGAGCAUUGCCGAUCUGAAAAUGACUGCUCCGAAGAAAUGCAAUUGGCUUUUGUUACAUGUGAACAGCACUGUGGCGGUGGUUUGCAAGCAAGAUGGGUGCAUGAGAGCAAGUGGACCAAGUUUGAUGGCCUCACUAAACGGGAUGUAUUUGUGUUGACUGAGUUUGAAGGAACGCUAUAUGAGAGGCUACAGGCUACUAAGUGUUUAUUAGUUGGUCCACGCUGCUUAUCAUGCUGUUUAACAGAAGGAACACCUAUACCAUCAGGUCCUGAGCCUGUGUUCACAAUAGCCAUGAGAGGGUUGGUAGUCACUGCAAGUGGUCUAUCAAAAUCGCAGAAGGAGGAAAUAAAGAAGAAAGUGCACUGGAUGGGCGGCAUAUACAGCUCAGUUCUCACAGAUGACACAACACACUUAGUAUCAGAUACUGUGCUCUCUGAUAAAUAUGUUAAAUCAGUAGAAAAAGGUAUACCAGUAAUGGCAAUGACAUGGAUAGAAGCAGUUUGGGAGACUUCCCUACGUCUCAACGUCAGUGGUUCAUCUCCUGACUUCUUAGUACAUAAGUUGCCUCCUUUCAUGAACCUACAAGUGACAACAUCAGGAAUUACGAAGAAGGAUAAACAGUUGAUCAUGAAGCUGGUGAAUGAACAUGGUGGAACGUUCUCUGGAGCCUUCCAGAGUGAAACUACUGAUAUUGUUGUGUUGACCAAAGAAGGCAUAGGCAGCGAGAAGUACAAAGCCGCCUUAGAGUACGGCAAGGCGGUGGUACUACCGUCGUGGGUGAAGCAGUCAGCGACGGCGGGCGUGGCGCUGCCGCUGCACAAGUUCACAGUGGCCGGCGCCUCCACGUCCUCGCCGCUCUGUUCUUCACGACUGCCUGAUAUGAGUUUAAACUUCUCCCGGAUAACAAACUUGAGACCGCCGAGCAAUUUCGUAGAUGAAACGAGAUCUGCUGAAACUACAAUGAUGUCCGGUAAAAUUAGGUUAACACAAGAGAAGAAGAAUGAUGUUUCUAUUGACAAGGAAAUAUUGACGGCGUUUGAAAACUUCGAUAUGAGUCUCAUCAAGAAAGCUGGACCUAUAUUUGAUGGAUUUUGUAUCUGGGUCUCCGGCCUCGACGGUACAGCCCGCGACCGCGCCGCAGCCUGCGUGUCAAAGUGCGGCGGUGUCCGCUAUGACUUGGCGCACCCGCGCGUGACGCACGCCGUGGCGGCGGGCGGCGCGGCGGCGCAGGCGGCGAGGGAGCUGCCCGCCGUGCCCGUGCUGUCGCCGCUGUGGUUGCUGAGCAGUGUGGAGGCUGGGAGGGCGUUGGAUGAAGCACAAUUCCUUAUAGACACAAAGCCAUCGACCCCAGCUAAAUCAGCCCGUAAAGCCAGACUCGAACCCGCAUCUCCUAUGAGCAAGCGCAACCUAGCGCUACUGCGCCGCGGACCGCUCGACUUGCCGGCGCCGACACCUGAAGUGAAAGAACCACAGGAACCACAAGAUGAACUGGUUAACCAUUAUUUGAGUCAACACAUGCCUGAACCAGAGAAAGAGAGAACUCCGGAACCAGUUCCCAACGCAACAACACGUGAACAUCCUGACAUCACUGAGGACGCAGCCGAAGACCCCACUGAAGAGAUCGAACAGAUAUUUAGAGGCAUCAAAAUGGAAGUCCAAGGUCUAGACGACGACGCAAUAUGCGAGAUAGGAGCGGAAGUAUCAGCCGCGGGCGGGACGCUAGCCGCAGCCGGCGCGGGCGGGACACAUGUGCUGGUGCCGCUAGAUAUGGACGUGAAGGAGCUGUGCAGUAAGGAGGCCGAGCCUGUCACUGUGUUUUGGGUGAAAGACUGUCUGUCCCAACAAGAGCUGGUCCCCAUACAAUACUACCACCGGCCGGUGGCAGUGCCUCUGUCUGCCCCCGGGCCACUGACCGGCGUGGUGGCCAGUCUUAGCACAUACAGUGGAGUUGAACGAGCCUUCCUCGACGAGCUAGCCAAGCUACUAGGAGCCACCACACAACUACGUUUCUGCCGACGCAACACAGCGAACGCUCUAGCAUCCACCCACCUCAUAUGUCCGACGGCCACCGGCGACAAGUACCUCGGCGCCUUGAAGUGGGGUCUGCCGGCCGUGCAGGCGUCCUGGUUACUGCACUGCGCGGAGGAAGGCAGGCGGGUCAGCGAGAGGGGACAUCUUGUUGGAGAUACUAAAGCACCACCCUCACCACAACCUCAAAUCGAAGAGGAACCAGAACCGAUGGAAGUACAAGCCCCCGAACCGCCUCCCGAAGUACAAGCAGACGAACAGACAAGCACAACUACAGACAAAGACAAAGAGAACGAGAUGUUACCGCCGGCUGGCACCGCUAUACCCCGGCGCGGGUCUGUGCCCAGUCGGGAACAGACGCCCAAGGCUAAAGAUGUGGAGGAAAUGUCGCCAGCAUCCCGGUACAUAGCAAUGGCUCGUCAAGGUUUGCUGGGAGGCGACUCGCAAGAAACGCCCAAACGUGUUGACAAUCACGAAGGCGAUAAGCAAGAUGCGGAAUGUGCAGUAAAAACUCCUCAGUUUGAGGAUGCAUUGUCGACGCCGAACUUAGCCGCUCUCAGUCCUACUACAAGGCGACGGUUACAAGCUGUGAGACGCGGGGAAAUGCCGUCUGACCCUAUACGUACUCCUGUAGAUCCUUUUGACCGUCGUCCGUCAACCCCGGACAGUGCGUUCGGCGCGUCACUCCGCCCGGGCGCCGACCGCAUGUCGCCCGACGCUCGCAAGCGACUGUGGCAGUUUGUAGACGGACUGCCCAGUAAGCAGCCUGAACCCGUUGUUAAGGAUAAACAUACGCCAUUAUCAGAAAUCCGCAACAGAUUCCUCGCACAAUUCAACGGUGAUGCGCCCACGCCGCCCUCUGAACACAAUGUAGCUCCCAGGAAAUUGCAAUUACAGGACCAAUGUGAGACACCACCAGCAAAAAUAGCCAAAAUUACGCCAGAUCAGAGUGCAGGCGGCAUGUCGCCGCGUGCCGCCAGUGGCGGCGUGGCGUCGCCGCGCAUCCCGCCCGCCGUGGACGCGCAGCUGCAGCGACUCAACGCCGCGCUCACGGGCCGCCUCAGCUCGCAGAGAGCCAGGCGCCAGAGAGACUCGGUGCCGGCUGUGCCGGAACCACCGCCAGAUUCAGAACCGGCUCCCGAAUCGCAACCCAACACAGUGGGCUGGGACGACACGACGCCCGCGCAGCAACCGACAACUGUCGAACAAGAGACCUCCGUGCAAAUCAAGCGGUUCAUGCUCUCUUCUAAUGUUGAUAAUCGCGACGACAUAAUCUCCAUGAUAGCCCACCUAGGCGGCGAAGUUUGCGAAGGUGCUGAAUUAGACCCUGAGGCCACUCACUUACUAUGUGCCGCCCCGGGCCGAAGCGAGAAGAUGUUAGGCUCCAUAGCGGCCGGCAGAUGGGUGCUACACCCCGUGUAUGUCGCCAAGAGCAGAGCCGCUGGCACCUUCCUACCGGAAGAAGAAUACGAAUGGGGUAAUCCCCUAGCGACAUGCCUCCCUCCCCUGUCGGGUGCGGAGCGCAGCCUCGCGCGGGCGGCACACCGCUGGCGCAGCGCCAGAGAGAGCGGGGCUCCCGGGCCCUUCGCCGGCGUCGUGGCGCUGCUGCACGUGCCGCCACCACGACGACGACUGCUGGCACGACUCGUCACUGCCGGCGGGGGAGACGCGCCGGGGGAUGAACCGCCUUACACAAAUGACGACAUAACAGUAUGCUUUGCUGACAUAAAGCGCUACCCGCUAUCGGACAGAGACAGUGCUUGGCUUAUUUCCAAGCGAAUACCUGUAUGUGCUCCCGUGUUAUUGAGUUCCUACCUCACUGACGAUCCGCCGCCGAAGCCUGAAGAUCACUGCUUACCUGACUAUCGACCUUAAAGCGAAGAAGUUAGAGUUGAAAUUUCCAAAACAGGUGUGUAUAAAAAUGCUGUAUUCUUCAAAGUUAAUGUCUUAAUCGAAUAUUCGACCUUAGUAUCUGAGCUAAACGCACGAUGUAUCAAGAACAAUUUUACCAGACUUUCGAUCGUAAUAGCAAAGAUAUAAAGUCGUAAUUUCUAUAUGAACAAAUGUCACAUUACCGGUCACGUUUCCUAUAUGAAAAGGUAAUGAUUUGUUUCUUUGAAUUUAGACGUUAUUGUUAUGUAAAUAGAGUCUAGAAGUUGUGCACGCAGUGCGUAGUUAGUAUUGAAUAGAAUUCAUUAAAGUUUGUUGCACAAUUUUGUUAAUAAUAUUCCAAUACACAUUUUGAAUUGUAUUUGUUCAAUUUUAGACCUAAAUUGUAUAAACAUAGAGCCUAAAAUACAUACCAUCACACUGUUAAUGCUAUUGUUUAAAUAAUUCCCGCCGAUAUCACAUCAUAUUAUGUAGAAUCUGUUAAGGGGUCUACA